AUGAACACCUUCGUGCCGCCGCCGCCACCGGCAGGCGUCGUGGUACCCCCGCCUCCUCCAGUGAUAAUCCCGGUGCCGCCUGCCGCCGUACCAGCGAGUCCCAGUGCUGCAGCAAGUACUGAGGCGAACGUGGUAAAACCAGGUGGUGUGGCGCUUGACAUGUCAAGCCACUUCGGGCCGCAAAAGAAUGUCCCCAAGAAGUCGCUGCCGCCGUGGGAGCGGAAGAAACUCUCGGCGGCUCUCUCCGGCUCCUCACCCAGAGCGGACAACUCAACACCGCCUCCAGGGCCCGUCGACGCCACGUCUGGGCCGUUGCCGCCUGCAGCUGUCCCGCUCCCACAAACUGCGGUCAAUGCGCCUGCGGUGGUGACGCGCGAGUCGCUGUCCACCGCGUCGUUGACCGCUUCGCCUCAGCCCUGUGCGCCACCGUCAUACACAUCGGCCAUGAGCGGCGCUGCCGUGGCCCAUACCGGUGUCGCUUCGCCGCCGGUGGUCUCGGUACCACCACCGCCACCGCCGGUACACCUCGUAGUACAAACUGUCCCGUCGAGCGCGGCGACCACAGCAGCUCCGCCGCUGCCGCGGCCUACCCCAGACGCGCAGGCGCCUCUGCCAGCGCCGGCCUCCGCUACAACCGGUGCGUCGACACUGCCGCUUCCCUCACCAAGCGUGAAUCAGUCCGCCACUGUGGCCGCGGCGGCGAUACCGCAAGGAGCAGCGCAGCCAACUCUGUCGACCUCAUCACCCGCCGCGAUCGCAGCCACUGACCACAUCGUGCAGGAAACGAUGUGGGAGUUGCGGCCUUACCUGCUAUCGCCCAUGCUUACUGUGCUUGCGCCGCACGUCGUCUUUCAGGGUGACGAGCAUCAGUGGGUAGUGCCGCCUCUGGGGCCGGUUCCUCCGAGCAAGCGAAAGAAGGCGCCCAGCGCGGCCGUCGUUUCUGCGGGUGGCUGGUACAACCGCUAUGGCCUGCAGCCCUCCCCGUCCUUUGACGCCGCGCAGCACGACGGCAGCGAACCACUCGUCACCUACGCCGCCACUUCCGGCACGCGGCGGCAGUGGACGUCGAACACUGUUAUCAACUCCGCCAAGGCCAAGAGCAACUGGCGCGAAACUUACUGGAAGCACGUUGACGUUCGUCGCUACGUCGCGCGGCGCUACUUUGGUGCCCCGCCACCGCUGGAGCAGUGA